UAUAGUAGAUAAAAUCUACAGAAGCUGUCUGAAUUCUCAUAAGGGCUUCGUGCUGUCGCUCACGUGGGAGAGAAACGAAGGAACUUGUGCUAAAGUUCAUGCCAGAGGAUUGGCAACGUGGUCUACAGGGCCUCUGGCUUCAGGGGGACAGACGGCUACAUCCAUGUGUGCUCCAGGCAGGCCUUCGGAAAAUCGGAGCGCUACUUUCGUCAAGAUACGCAUUGUUUGGCAAGUCACCAAUUGUAUGACUCACACGAAAUGUCCGUGUGAGCCGAGUUGAUCCCAUGGCUUUCUGAGAUGAGAAGUUUCGAUGGCUCGAAAGAUUCCACAGCCGAAAUAGCGAGCUUCCAGCUCAGCAAUCAGUGUUAUCAAGCAAGCGAGAUGUCAGCAUCAGAGAUGCCCCCUUCAUUCGUUCGGGACACCUCUGGCCAGGGCCAGAGCAAGCGUUGUGCAGCGCAAAGAGUGCCUUGGGACAUGCCAGACGGCGGACUUGACGGGCCGAUGCAAUAUCAAGAUGGUUUCGCAUAGUUUAGUUCUCAGUACGGGACCAGGUCUUGAGAGUAUUUCUCGACUGGAAUCCUGGACGAGACCCACCCCCCGUAAUGUGCUGUACGAUGGCCCGAGAUUGUUGACUGUCCAUACCCCUCAAGUGCCCACUUCUAGCAUUCUGUGCAGGGGAAAGGCCUGAUUGCCUGAUUGCCUGAUUGCAAUGCGUGAGACUUGAAACAGGACACGUCUCGGAAUAUAGUCAACAAGUUGCAUCACUUUAAUCCCAGUUCACGUGUUCCACCGAUGCAUUGUUUCUCUGUUGUGCUUUAGUUAAUUUAGCUCAUAUCAUAUCUAUUCUAGAAUCGGCAAACUAUGCUCGAUCGGUAUAUAUUCGCACGACGCAAUUCUUUUCUUCGUCGAGUGAAGCUGUCUCCGUAGCAGUAUAUUGCAGACCCUGGCUGGACCCAAGCAGUUCUGAAAAUCUGUUCUUUCAUAUCUUGAAACAAUGGGCUCUCAAAAAAUGACAAUCUCUUUCCUGUUACAGAGUGUUUUGGUAUUGGUUUCGUGUCUUUCAACAGUUGUGGGUCGAAACUUGAAUCUGGAAGCGACGCUGGUGACUUCUCGUGGUUGGUGUAAUUCUCAAGAUGUCUACAGCUUUCUAAAUAUCUGCGGAUCGAUCCCGGAACCCUACUGGGGCCAAAGAAGCUGCUGUGGAGGUGCUUUGGAGACCAUCAGGGCUUGUGGUGAUCCACAGCCCUGCGAAUCUCAGUAUACCGAAGCUAUCCGGAAAAAUUGCAAUGGAUUUUGCCUUCCACCAGUGCAAGGGACGGACAGUGCAACGAAUGAGGGGGUCGUCACAGAUUCUCCAGUCUGUGCUGACUCCAUAGUAAGGACUGUCCUUGGAAUUUGCGAUGUGUUUCCUUAUUGGGGCCAGAAAGCGUGCUGUGGAAGUGCCUUGGAAACUAUCAAAGCUUGCGGUUACCCAAGACCCUGCGAGUCGAAGUUCGCUGCGCACAUCGAGGAGAAGUGCGGAGACUUGUGCGGAUUAGGGCUAUGAAAUCUUCUCUCAAAAACAUAAAUUAAUCACUUACGUAUGUUGUAUCACAAAGGGGUUUAGAUCCUCCUCCUGAUUAUAUAAACCAAGAUCAUGUUGAACAUUGAAGUCCUUGCUGUAGCUCGGAAAAUUGGAACUGGCACGAGUUCCAGUGAUUGAUUUUCACAGACUAUGGAUCUAUGUCACGGGUCUUGUGGUCUUCAGGCUCCAGUUCAACAUCGUUUCUCUGUGAUGUUCCUGACUCAGAGAUGUAUGAGCACAGCUGAAAGCUCUCAAGACAACUGUUUUCACCAUGAAAGGAGUUCACAAUCAAUCUCUUUCAUUUUCACAAUGUCCUUUGCUUUGGAGAGAUUUUGAAGCCACACGACCAGGUUUUGAAGAUCGCAGAAACAGAACCGGAAGAAAGUCAGUCCUGAUUCAUCUUCCGCGUUUCGUCAGAAAUCAGAAGAAAGCGUGAGUUGGACAGAUCGUCGAGACUCUUUCCAGGAGCAGAUUGCAGUCAAGAGAGGAUAAAGCGGAACACAAUUCGAUUUGUUUCGUUUCGUAUUCAGUCUAGAGUCACUGAAGAGCAAUGAGAAGAGCAUUCAGCACUACUCGUUUGAGUUUUUCCAUCUCGGUAGAAUUCACAAGGUUAACAUGAUUUCCA